AUGUCCUCUGUCCCUGCGUCCAGUCUGACCAGUCCGUCUCUCAUGCAGGACAUCAGCCCUCCGAUGUCUCACACUGGGUUCACUGGGCAGCACCUCCCCUUCGUCGGCUUCACCUACACCACCGACAGCUGCUUCUCCGACCGCGGCUCGCUGAGCCGACCGGAGCUGCUCGGAGUCCGCCAGGAGGGGGAGGGGCAGGAGGGAGGAGGAGGAGGAGGGGGGCAGGAGGUGGAGGCCUUCGAGAGGAGGAUCCGCCGCCUGGAGCAGGAGAAACAGGAGCUGAACCGCAAACUGCAGGAGUCGACUCAGGCGUUGGCAGCUCCUCGAGGAGGAACUCUGAGUCGAGACAAAGAGAUCAAGAAGCUGAACGAAGAGAUCGAGCGUCUCAAGAAGAAGCUGGCAG